GUUAAGCGAAAAUGGCUGGAGUUCAGUGUUUACGUCUACUAGGACUAAGGCGACUGCCUGCUGCCUAUUCCAUUUGCUCAUCUAAUGAAAGACAUUAUUUCGUAACGCCAAAGAGACAUAUUCAUGAACGUAUAUUGAAAGGUCAAGUUGUCAGAAUUGGAUGUGCAAGCGGAUUUUGGGGAGACACCGCCUGUGCUGCUCCACAACUUAUCUAUGGCUCCAAGCUCAACUACAUUGUCUUCGAUUACCUUUCGGAGAUUACAAUGUCGCUCCUCACGGCCGCCAGGAGAAAAAAUCCGGAUAUGGGCUACACCCCUGACUUUGUCCAAGUUGUUGUGGCUCCCUUUGUGAAAGACAUCAAGGCCAGGGGAAUCAAAUUGAUUGCCAAUGCAGGGGGGAUUAAUCCGUCGGGGUGUGCGGACGCCUUGAAAGCUGUGUGCAAAAAAGAAGGGGUCGAUCUCAACAUCGCUGUUGUAAAAGGGGAUGACCUCAUGGCACAGGUUCGAGAUCUGAAAAAACUGGGAAUUACAGACUUGGACUCAGGAGUUCCAUUUCCGGAACAGCUCCACAGCAUGAAUGCCUACCUUGGUGCGGGUCCCAUCGCUCAGGCCCUGGGCAUGGGUGCGGACAUUGUGGUCACCGGGAGAUGUACAGACAGUGCCCUGGUCCUCGCUCCCUUGAUGCAUGAGUUUGGAUGGCGGAUGGACCAGUUUGAUGUCCUAGCGGCUGGCAGCUUGGCCGGACACCUGGUGGAGUGCGGAGCCCAGGCUACGGGUGGGAUCUUCACCGACUGGCAUGAAGUCAAGGACUGGGAUCACAUCGGCUUCCCUAUCGUGUCCGUCGGAUCAGAUGGGAAGUUCACGCUGUCCAAACCUCCGAAGACGGGCGGGCUGGUGAACAAGGGCACUGUGUCGGAGCAACUCUUGUACGAGAUCGGUGACCCCUCGCAGUACUUCCUGCCCGACGUCGUCUGCGACUUUUCCAACGUGCGAAUCGACGAGCUGCCAGGGGACAUGGUUUACGUGGACGGUGCUCGUGGAAAUCCGCCGUCAGGCGAGUAUAAGGUCAGUGCAACCUACGCUGCGGGCUACAGGACCACAGCGGCCGCCAUUGUCGGGGGUCCAAGAGCCACAGAGAAAGCGGAAAUGACAGCAAAGGCCAUCCUUACUAGGUGCCGUCGCAUUUUUCACCAGCUGAAUCUGGAUGAUUUCACAGCGGUGAAUAUAGAGGUCGUCGGUGCGGAUAGACGUCCCCUGGAGGAAAGGAACUGCGGAACAGUGAACGAGCCCAAGAAUGCUGUGCUCUGGAUUGCUGUCACCCACAAGGAGAGGAAAGCCUUGGAGUUUUUCUCGAGAGAAGUUGCUCCUGCUGGCACGGGAAUGGCCCCUGGGUUGUGUGGCAUCGUGGGAGGAAGACCGAGCAUAUCCCCAGUACUGAGGCUGUUUUCCUUCCUGUACCCAAGGGACAAUUUCAAGAUCACGAUCGAGAUGAACGACGAGGUGGUGGAGUACCAGCAGCCCGAGGUCCCGACCGUCGAGUACACGCGCCAGGCGUACCCGGCCAGCGACAGCAACGGCAACGGCCCGAACCCGCUGGUCAACGACAUUGACCUUCCCGGGGGUGACAGGAGCUACAGGCUGGAGGAACUGGCCUAUACCCGCUCGGGGGACAAAGGGGACACCUGCAAUAUAGGUGUGGUAGCCCGCCACCCGGUGUUCUUGCCAUUCAUCCGCAAGCAGCUCACGGCAGAGGCAGUCGAGAAGUAUUUCGAAGACAAUUUUAGAGGGAGCCCUGCCAAUGUCACCAACAAAGUUCAAAGGUAUGAUGUGCCUGGGGUUGGCGGUCUCAACUUUGUCCUGAAACACUCGCUGGGCGGAGGCGGCAUCGCUUCACUGCGCACAGAUCCACAGGGCAAAGGAAUGGGUCAGGAAUUGCUCAACUUCAAAAUCACGAAUGUUCCGGACUUGAAGAGACUGGCGGAGGAAGCGGUCACUCAGAGUUAAUGCUGACCGCUGGAUUAGUUGUCGGUUGUACACCAUCAUCCGGAUUAAAAUGGUUGUGUGUUUGUUAUUGCUACAAAGAUGUCAAUUACAAUUUUGAUAUAGUGUGUUUCUAGGAAUUAUGAUUGUUUGUUCUGAGAUUGCAAGGUUAGAGGUAUAUGGUUUCUGUUAAUACGAUGUCGCCUUUUUUAAGAUGUACAACGUGUUUAUUUUACGUUAACAACAUCUGUUGGGAAUUUGACAGCAACGUGUUUUGUUUUUUUGUACAUUGACACUUGUUGAGAAUUUGACAGCAAAAUUGUACGUUAACAACAUCUGUUGGGAAUUUGACAGCAACGUGCUUUGUUUUUUUUGUACAUUGACACUUGUUGAGAAUUUGACAGCGAAAUGGGUUGGUUUUUAUUGUACGUUAACAACACUUGUUGAGAAUUUGACAGCAAAGUGGUGUUGGGUUUUUUGGUAAGUUGACCAAACAAUUGUUGAGAAUUUGACAGCAACAUGUUUUUUUGUACAUUGACUUAUUCUUAAAAUUCAUAACAUCAACAUGUUUAUAGGUACAUCGACGUCUGCUUAGCUUAUGGCAUUAUUUUGUUUAUCUGUACUCUGGCAAGGCUAUUGUCUUUCUUUCCUAAGCCUGCCGACGGUAUACGCCCGGGUGGCGUAAACAGAUUCUUGUUGACCCGCUCAAGUGGUGAAGUUGUUAUAUAUAUAUUAUUUUCUAGGCCUUUUUCAGGCCUGAUGUGUGUGUGUAUGUGUCUGUCUGUCAGAUAAACAUGUCUUGUGUUGCUCAGAAUGAAGAGUUAUAUUUUCCUCCAAGUGUUAUAUAUAUAUAUAUAUUUGUGUGAAUCAAAAUCUUUCCCGUUUUUGUAAGGUUGGCAUUGUUCAUUUUCCUCUCUGAAAAUGUUUUUCCAAGUUUUCAUAGUAAUGGAAAAGUAGAAAGUUUCAAUUUUGGGAACAUAUGAAAGAGAUUUGUGGAUUUUUUCAUACUUGUCAAAGAUUUAUUCGUAUGUUUACUAUUUUUGUUGAAACAAUAGCCCAUGGGUAGCAAACUCUUUAUCAAGAGUUUUGUAAGUUUUGUCAGUAUUGAAUUCAUCUCAGGGAUGGCCAAUGUAUUUAAUUUUAGCUGCUUUUGUACACUAUGGCAUCUAUGGCCUAUUAGUUAGUCUACUAGUCUACUGGACUCGUGGUUGUAAGGCUGUGGGUUUUAUUCCUGGCUGCAGGCACUAUUUAAUUUUCUGUCUUGCCACUGCAGUUUAACCCAUUGACUGCCAGACCUGCUCCUCAGUGCAAUCAAAGAGCUCAAGGGCCUGGCAUUGAAGGAGUUAAUUCUGUGCGGAAUUUUCAGAACAUUCCCGGUCUAACAGUGUUUGCCCCACCGUCAUUUGUCACGAGCUCACGUUUUGUUUGUUGUUUACUUCAAGACAACAGAUUUGUACAUCAUCUGGGAGGCAUCGAUGUUUUGUUGAAAACCAUCCUUUUUAUUGGCAGACAUUAUGAAGCUUUUUCACUGUCCAAGCGAGGCGCAUGCUACCUUAGUGGCGUGGGUGGCCUAGUGGUUAGGCUAACGGACUCGUAAUCUUGAGGUUGUGGGUUCGGGGGUUCGA